AUGGAGCUUCUGCAGACUUCUGCAGACCCUGAGUGGGACAAGGUCACCGCAAUUGAUGAUCCGCAGGAGGAGAAUGAGCCCGAGCGCCCGCGGAAGAAACGUCGCAAAUACAUUGCGAGAGCUUGCAAUGAAUGCAAGCGCCGAAAGAUCAAGUGCAAUGGGCAAGCUCCAUGCCAGCGUUGCGGUCGACAGCGUCUUGAAUGUGUUUACGUGGAGAAUUCUCAGCGCGACGGUCUCGGUGAGCCCGAAAAUUUUGAGCGACUGUUUGAUCAAAUGAGAUCGAUGCAGGACCAAAUUACCAAUCUAUCUGCCGCCGUCCGAUCCAUCGCCCACAGCGACAACUCGCCCAUUGGCGCGGGGCGUCCGAGCAUUGUUGGGCCGGGCGAAUGGCAUCCGAUGGGCUCUUGUCUACACAACGAGGACUUCGGCGGCUUCGAUCUCGCUAAAUCAAGCUUACUGCGUCGGGGUAUUGUGGAGCAUCAAGAGGAGGCAGCUGAUGAGGGAGAUCUCGCGCAAGAGCCAUCUCCACUAGCAUCCCCAUCUGCUCAAAGCCGUGACAUGGAGCUCCGUCAAACAGUAGACCCACUGUGGGCAUUACCCAAAGCUGAAGCACUCCGACUCUGUCGAGUCUACGAAGAGGAGAUGGGGAUCAUGUACCCAGUUUUAGAGCUUUCGGAGCUCCUGGACCAGGUCGAUCUUCUCUAUGGUCUCAUGGACCGGACACUGGAUUCAAGUAUUCAAUCACAUGGAGCUCAUGUCCUCGACCAGGAGGAUAUCUAUAUUCUUCGCCUCGUUUUUGCAUGUGCGCUAACUGCGGAGGCCAGCGGGCGCAGUGAACAGGCCAUCUCACUUUUUAACAGUGUGAGGGAGGUGCAGGAUAGCUGUGUCUGGGGUCCGCCGGAGAUUAAAAGCAUCAUUUUUCUUACUCUUGUGUCAAUAUUCUAUUUUCAAAUGGACGAGGAGACACUAGCGUGGCGUACUAUUGGAAUUGUGGAACGCAUGUCCCUGGAAAAGGGCCUGCACCGCCGAGAGACACUGAAUCAACCUGCAAUUCUAGCCGCUGGAAAGGACCGUAUACUCCGACUCUUUUGGUCAAUCUACAUUCUCGACAUGCGUUGGAGUUUUGGAACUGGCAUGCCCUUCUCUCUAGAAGACAGCGAUAUUGACCCCUGGCUUCCGGAGCCCGAAGAGAAGACCCCAUACCUUCGCGUGAUGAUUCGAUAUAGCCGUAUGGCUGCCAAGGUAUGGAAAUUCAUAUCUGCUUUCAACAAUACAAAUGAAAUCAAAAAAGACGAGAUGAACUACCUGGACUGGCAAGUAUUGAACUGGGCGCGCACAAUCCCGGACUCAUUACGGCUUGACCACCCCAGCACACCGGAGUCUGGUGCUGCUCUGGAAGGUCCACGAAGCUUCCGACGACUUCGUGCCUUGCUUUAUCUGCGUGCGAAUCAGCUGCGAAUGCUCAUACAUCGACCGGUUCUACAUACAGCUGGUCAUAUCGCCCGAUAUCCUGGCGAGGCCGAGACAGUUGUUGACAUCGCAAAAGACACUAUCAGAUUCAUUACCCGCCUCAAUGAAACUUCUGAUAUAUAUCAGCUUCAGCAAGUGGCUUUCAAUUGGUUUUUGGUCUCUGCGUUGGCCGUUCUGUUCCUCGCCGUUGCGCAAGCUCCGACUCAGUUCAGCAGCUCGUGUAAAGAGGAAUUCUACUGGGCAUUGGAGCUCGUCAAGGGAUUCUCGACCAAAUCGUACAUCUCCCGGCGCCUCUGGAGGUCCAUUCGAAGCCUUCGUAAGCUCGGUCCUGAGUUGGGUCUCGGGGUACAGAAGCUUCGACCAGUGAGUCGAACAGGUGUCGAAGAUGGCACUGAUGGAACAUUGAAUGCACAUGGAACAUCUCUACCGGAGACAGCCUCUAGCAACUACAGUCAAACUCCUCUGGAUGGUGCACAGAUGACCCAAGAGCUAAUGGAGUGGUUCGAAGCGGUGGGAAAUUUGGAAGAUCAAAUCAUGGGAGUCGGGACCGGUCCGAUGGUGGAUGACGGUUCCUGGCAGCAGAUGCCGAAUGGUGACUUCAUAUUCGAUUACGGGGCAGGGCUGUCGAGUGUUAUGAAGGAUUGCUUUUAG